UCUCUUUGUCUGUCUCCCUCUCAGUGUUGGUGAUGAGGGAGGACAAGUUCAGUAAUCGUCUCAGCACUCGGGCCAGUUUCCGUGGUUGCACAUCGCUGCAUUACGCUGUACUCGCUGAUGACCUCCGCACUGUGCGCAUGCUCCUUGAUGCAGGUGCGAACCCCCUGCAGGUAAAUGAGCUGGGACACACUCCACUGUCCUACGCUAAGGAGGGAGAGAUGCACACACUGCUGAAGGAGCGUGAGGGAAAGUUUAUGGAAGAACAGAAGCAGAGGGAGGUGGAAGAGAGAAGGAGGUUUCCUCUGGAGCGCAGACUAAAGGAGCACAUCAUCGGCCAGGAGGGGGCCAUCACUACUGUCGCCUCAGGCAGGGGAGUGUUUACCAUGACGCACUUCACUAAAGGAGAGUUCAUCAACUCUCUGGAAAGAGAGGCAGACAUCGAAUUUACCACAGCAACAGAAGACACCGAAUUUACCACAGCAACUUGAAAGGAUUUAUGUUCGACUUCAUCUGGCACGAUAAAUUCUGGACUAUUGAUGCUGCAAGGGAUGAUGGCACUCUUGGAAGACUGGUUAAUGAUGAUCACAUUAACCCCAACUGCAAAAUGAAGAGAAUCAUUGUGAAAGGAAAGCCCCAUUUGUGCCUUUUUGCUUUAAGAGACAUAACACCUGGAGAGGAGGUCACAUAUAAUUAUGGAGAUGCU